CAAAGCCCGCAAUCCGCAGCUUUUAGUCGACACGUUUCUUGUUGGGCUGCGAACGCCAUCUCACGUUUUUCCUUCCCACUAAACUCGCGAAACAUCCUUUUGAAAGCCAUCGGCAUUAGAAAGAGAGAAGGAAGAGACUGCCCUCGCUCUUCAAUAACGAAAAAGACCUCAGUUUGAGCCUAGACGGACUGCAUAACCGCGUUCUUAUUUCACAAUCGCAUUCCAUCUCUUUAUAAUCUUGUGUCAAGUGUCUGAUAUCCUUUUGCAAUUAUGAAUCCUGAAUACGACUACCUCUUUAAGCUGUUGCUUAUUGGCGACUCCGGUGUGGGAAAGUCUUGCUUGCUUCUCCGGUUUGCCGAUGAUACCUACACUGAAAGUUAUAUCAGUACCAUCGGUGUCGACUUUAAAAUUCGUACCAUUGAAUUAGAGGGGAAGACCGUGAAGCUACAAAUUUGGGACACUGCCGGCCAGGAGCGAUUCCGUACUAUCACUUCUAGUUACUACCGUGGUGCGCACGGUAUCAUUGUCGUCUACGACGUGACAGAUCAGGAUACCUUCACCAACGUGAAACAGUGGCUCCAGGAGAUUGAUCGGUACGCUUGCGAAGGGGUCAACAAGCUUUUGGUUGGAAAUAAGAGCGAUUUGACAAACAAGAAGGUUGUGGAGUACAACACGGCAAAGGAGUUUGCAGACAACCUGCAGAUCCCAUUUUUGGAGACCAGUGCAAAGAACGCCACGAAUGUUGAGCAGGCUUUCCUGACAAUGGCAAAGCAGAUCAAAGACAGGAUGGGCAGUUCCGCUGCUGCGGCGCCAGCCAACAAGGCCAAUGUCAAGGUUGGCGGCGGUGCUCCAGUGCAAGCUCAGCAAGGUGGUGGUUGCUGCUAAAUUGUUUGGGAAAUAGUGUUGUAUGGAAUAUCAGUUAUUGCUUUGUAAACAAGCUGCUAUACAGUCUUGCUAUUAAUGGUUAAGUCAUGUUGGUCAAACGCGGGUACCAAUUACCACUAUAUGACGAGUAUCAGGAGAAUACUGAACGCAUGUUUGAAUGUCUACCAUCCAUACAAAAACCGUGAAAACUUGCUA